CUCUCAUAGCAUUAUCCAAAUUGAUUGUGAAAUGAGUGGCUCUCUAUCUUCAUAACUUUAACACAAUUUAUAUAACCCAACACACCAAAAACCAUCUCCAAAAAAGGGAAAUAAACCAAAACACAUAAACACCUGUCUACAAAACAAAAGGAAAAAAACCCCAACACCAAAAUCUUCACUUUCUUUCUUGCAGAAAUUACCUUCUUCUUGUGCGUGAAUAUUUUGAGUGUGUGAGGCAUUCAUCAAUGGCUUCUUCUUCUUCAUCCACAUUUGCUCUCUCUUCCUCCUCCACCCUCCUCGAUUCUAAGGCCCCUCGACAAUCCGCUUCCCCGUCAUCCACCGUCCCGCUCCCCACUCUCCCCUCACCCCCUACUCCCUUGUCCCAGAUCCGCCCUUGGAAGUCCACUGCCUAUUGUCGGAAGAUUGCUCGCAAUGUGAUGGGGAUGGCGACCGGAGAAGUCCCAGCUGAAGUGGCGGCCGGGGAGCUGGCGGAGAUGCCUGAAAUUGUCAAAAAAGUUCAAGAAGCUUGGGAUAAGGUUGAAGAUAAGUAUGCUGUGAGCUCACUUGCUGUCUCCGGCUUUGUGGCCCUUUGGGCCUCCGCUGGCGUUGUCUCCGCAAUUGAUAGGCUUCCUCUAGUUCCUGGCCUGCUUGAGCUUGUGGGAAUUGGCUACACUGGGUGGUUUGCAUACAAGAAUCUGAUUUUCAGACCAGACAGGGAAGCAUUAUUGCAGAAACUAAAGGAAACUUACAGUGAGAUAAUAGGGAGCAGCUAAAGAAGAGUAUUGAUGUUGUUGUGUGUGUUCAGAGAGGGGAUUUAAUUAUUGAAUAAUAAAAAAAAUAUAAUUAAUUAAUUGCUGUUUUUGCAUUGCAUUAUUGCAACUAUAUUUGCAUGAAAAAAUUGUAACUCUUCUUUUUACCCACCCUUUUUUGUUCUCUUCAUAUAUUAUCUCUUAUGUAAUUGCCCUAACUGAUCAAUAUCCCAAUCUUUAUGUGCUUUCCUUUUACUA